GAAAGCAGCACGACUUGUUAGAAGAUUUAAAUAUUUACCUUUAAUUUAGCUUCUUAUUUAGUUAGUGUGGUUAAUGGUAUGAGAUGCAUUGCUUGAGCAGGACACCCAGGUCAUAUCUUGUGAACACGUACAGUGAUUUCCAGGAGACUGAUGAGAUCGCCAGAGAAUCGUAUGAAGCCACCUGGUUAGAUAUGUUGAUGGAGACGAGACCAGAAUACAAGAUGAAACUCUUCGAGAAGGACUCAGCGAGAAAGGAGAGCUAUGAAAAAAAGCAGGUGGUUCAUUUCACAGUGCAAAGGUUCCCAAACCAGACGAUUUGCAUGGGACGAGAGGGGGGACCAAUGCAGAAGUAUCAUUUACCAUACAAAAACAUUCUCCCAAUACCAAUAUUUUUGCCCAGAGACAUCACACAGCCUGACGUGACCCGCAAGCCCUCUCCCUCUAGAUUGAAAUCUGUCAUGGACUCUGAGACUAGUUUAAGUGGAGUUUGCCCUCAGAAGAGAGAGGUCUCAUCCAUCACCCAGCAUAAGCCAAUGGUAAUCCAACCGAGGACUCCAAACUUCAGAGCGUCAAGCCUCAUCUCUCCACCACGAGAAACACUGAUCGGCUUCCAGCGAAGGGAGUGAUGAGCUGAUGAAAGCUGUCUGCCGUCAUGGACAUGGAUACAAUGACGAGUAUGCAGGUUUAGACAGUACUGCAAGACCGACAUCUCUGCUGGACAAACAACCACUUUUCAAAACAGUCAAACUACAGUUCCUAAAAUACUUCCUAUAAUUUGUCUAGUAUUGAUAAUAUACUAGUACCAAUCUUUUACACAUUAUCACUUUGUAAAUCUCAUUCAUAUAUUUUUAUGGCACACAAUAAAAA